AUGGCAUUGACGAAUCUCGGAUACGGAAGGACUGUCACUUCAUGUGAGGGGAUGGAAGUUGAUCUGAGCGCAGCUAGACCUCAUGAGCUACCGGAUUCGCUAGGGAUCGAAGCUACACCAGGAGAGUUUUAUCCAACUUGUACACCUCAACCGGUGAAAGCUCCAGAGAAAGAGCUUGCGCAUGAUAGAAUCCCACCCGGGAGCCCUUCAUCCCUGAAACCAAAACGCUUUCUACCUUUACUCGUGGCUGCGAUCAUAGUAGCUGUCAUAGUAUUGGCACUUGCUAUACCUUUGGCACUACGGCUGAAAAAGCCUUUCAACCCGAGCUCACCGGUCAACUCAAAAUCUACCGCUCGGGUCCAGGACGAAUUGCCUACCUCCGGAGCUUUUAAUGGAACUGGCCUAGCAUUUAUAGCUUUGGAUCUCACUGACGUACCUGAUGUCAGUCUUUUCUAUCAAGACUACGAUGCCCGGAUUCGCCGGCUACACAGCAUCGAGCUUUCACCAUGUGUCGGUGGCUUCCCCAUUGUUGCCUCAAACGCAAGAAAUACCACACCGCUGACGACUCUCACGUACCCGGCUAGUAAUGGGGAGUUGAAUCUCGGCCAAGACGGAAACAGCCCAGGGAUUCGUUUAUACUAUGGGGCGCCCGACAACAAGGUCCAUGAGCUUGCUUUGUUCCCGAAUAUCAGCUCACAAUACUUCUCACACUCCGUCAUACCCGGCACCAAUGGCAACGCUGGGAUUGCGUCUGGUUGGUCGGACGACUCAGGAUUGGGCAAUCUUUAUGUAUUCGACAAGAACAAUGAGUUUCAAAUCUGGUCCAAUAAUUUCAAUACCACCCAUGACGCCACUCAGAAUGCAUCGUACGAUAAUUGGAUAGAAGGUGGGUUAUAG